AUGGCUGUGACCCAAUCAUCCUCUUCUCGCAACGACAAAGGCAGUCCCAUCCCCACCGGCCUAGCCAUCCCCGCCGCGACGACUGUCGCCGCCUCCACUGCCCGCCCGACGGGAUGUCGACCCUCACCAGCACGUACAGGGACAAGUGUGAAGGAGUUUGAAGAGAAGCAUAAUCAUCCUCUUGCAACUCCUAAAAAGACUCAUUUACUUAGAUCUCAUCGAGUUGUGUCGGCUACAAAACGUGCGCUUGUUCAGGAAUUGCUUGAAAUUACUUCUGGUGGUCCUUCUAUGAUGGGAUGUUUGGAGAAGGAUAUUAGGAAUGAAGAAACAUCACGGUAUCCUUGUCGGCACAUGUUAUGCUGGAUGAGAGUAGAACAGGUGAUGUUACUACCAAAAGAGUAUGUUAAAGAAAGGUGGACAAAAAAUGCAAAGAGUACUCUUUUGUAUGACACACCGCAUGAUUUUGUAGAAAGUAAGUCUUUACAAGGUAGGUAUGGAGCAUUGAUGCACAUGGCACGAGAGCUCAUUGAUGAUGCGUCGUUGACUGAAGCACGAAGCAAUUUUUUAACGGAAAAAUUCAAAUAUUUGAAAGGCGACGUAGCGCAAAUUGAUGAUGGGGAAUGCAAAGGUAAGUGCUCUUCUAAAAGACAAAAUAGGGACGAGAUGCUACUCAUAUGUGACCCCGAGCCUGUACGAACUAAAGGUUGUGGAAAACGUCUAAAGUCAAGUAAAGAGAAAGCCAUGUCAAAAAGUGCUCGAACUUGUAGCUCGUGCCAUCAGAAUGGCCAUGACAAGCGAAAGUGUCCGAGUUACAACAUACGGCUUGAAGAUGAUCCAUAUCGUACAGACAUGUUUAGAAGAGCUCACAUCACUUAUUUUAACCAACCACAAACCAGGUAUCAGCAUACUAUGGCCUUCUACCAGAAGGAAGAACUAACCAGGAGCAAUAUAUCCAUAGGAGCCCGCAACACCGGUCGACGAGCAAGCGAAAUCCCCAUCAUCUACAAGCUUCGCAAGUGCGAAAUUUGCAAUAUACGGCUCGAAAUCGAGCCCGAACAAAAUCCGAUAAGCACCCCCAAAAACUUUACUAUGUUAUUGUGCCGGAUGGAACCGAGCGUGUGGACCUCCGUCGAGAACGAGUUACGGGCCGUCACACCCCAUAGCUCUUUAAUUGCAAUGAUCUCACUGUGGAUUGUUGAUGCUUGA